AUGAACAAAUUAAUCAGCAGAAGGAACAACACCUCACUGCAAGGCACAGUGACUGCCACUGCGGCCGCAAGAGAAGCAGGAGAAGAAGAAGAAGAAGGUGUGACAAUGAGAGUGAUACUCCCGUGGUUCAUUGACACUGCUGCCUCUGUCUUCAACCUGGCUUUCUUGAUAGUCAUGGAGGCCGCAGCCGCACCAUGA